AUGGACCGUGCAACUCCACCCAGUGAGGUCUCACUGCCCUCCGCUCUCGAUCAGGCUAAGAUCCACUGCCUCCCGGCCACCGCUUACUAUAUCCCCGACUUCAUAAGUGAAGACGAGGAGAAGAUCAUCCUUGAUAAGAUCGCCAGCGCACCCAAGCCGCGAUGGAAACAGCUCUCGCACCGGAGACUCCAGACGUGGCCGUCUGAUCUCGUCCGGGAUAGACUCCUCGACGAACCCCUUCCUACCUGGUUGAACGACCCCGUCGUGACGCGACUGCUCUCUAUCCCGCUGUCUGCCGAGGAGCCCUCCCAUCUCUUCACCGCAAGCCCCCACCAACGCCCGAACCAUGUGUUGAUCAAUGAAUACCCUCCAGGCGUAGGCAUCAUGCCGCAUAAGGACGGCUCAGCAUACUAUCCGGUUGUCUGCACCGUGAGCCUGGGAGCCAGUCUUUGUCUCAACAUCUACAAGAGCAAGGAAGAUGGUGCUCUGCAACUCGAGCCAGCUUACAGGAUCCUCCAGGAGCCACGGAGCCUCCUCAUCUCGACCGACGACCUAUACACGGAGCUUUUACACGGAAUCUCGGAUGCUACAGAAGACGUGGAUCUUUCAUCUGAGACGGUCGCCAAUUGGGGGCUGCUCCGCAACCCAGAUAGCUUUGUUGACGGGCACAACCAACGGUCGACACGGACAAGUCUCACAUAUCGUGACGUGCUGAAGACCUCGAAACUAGGCAAUAACCUCGGGAAAUUCCUCAUCAAGCGAUAAUGGCGCACUCGACAUGCGCAACCCCCAGCGCGCCCUCAAAACAAAAAGGGGAUCAUGAUCCACCUGCUCUUGACUUUCUGUGGCCCAAACUUCUCGACAUACCAAUUCCUCGUCCCGUAGGCGGUGACACCUAGAUUGACAGCCACAAACACGACCACAGACAGCAGGGUCCGGUUGCACCACUGUCCCUCGGGCGCCGCGGCGACUGCCAAUGAGAGGUAGAUCAGGCACUCGCAGGCAUAAUGAGGACAAACGAGGUAACGAAACAAGCCCUGCUCCGGCAGUGAAUAUUUCCUGAGACCUGCAAG